ACUGUAAUCAUAUGAUUGGGAGUCGAUCUUCGCUGCAGAAUACCGACACUCUGGGCGGACAUAGGCUGAGGAUCCGGGGCGGAGGACACACCAUCACCAUUGUAGAUUUGUAGCCGCCAGACAAGUGCUUGGAGUCGGUGAAAGUGUCAAACAGAGCCAAACUCCCCCCAUUAAGGAACUUUUCCCAAACUCUGGAGAGACUUGGACAGAGGGGGGCCGUUGGGGAAAAGAAGGGUCACACACACACUAGAAACCGAAGGACAGUCGAUUUAACCCAACGACAGAGGCUGAGGUUUGAGAUUUACACGCCUGAUAGAGAAGUGGUCAGCGGGUCGCGGCCGGUGGAAUCCCCAGGGUCCUUACAUUGCUUGGCGGGGCGUGUGUCUCCUCUCCUCCCCUCUCUUUCUUUCUUUCUUUUCUUAUAAUUUCUCAAUAAGUUUUUUUUUUCCGCCUUAGUUGGGCUAAUCUUUUGUUGAAGCUAAAGUCAUGGUCGGGGAGACAGAGGUGAAGGAGAGACCCAAGUCCAACCCGGACUAUCUAAUGCAGCUGAUGAACGACAGGAAGGUGAUGAGCUCCCUGCCCAACUUCAGCGGCAUCUUCACGCAUCUGGAGCGGCUGCUGGAUGAAGAAAUCGGCAGGGUACGCAAAGACAUGUACAACGACACACUGAACGGCGGCAUGUUCAACGGCCGGGACAUGGAGGAGCUCCCGGAACCUAUCGGCCCGGUGGCUCAGCUGCAGGAGAAGCUCUACGUGCCCGUCAAAGAGUAUCCUGACUUCAACUUUGUCGGGAGGAUCCUGGGCCCUCGCGGUCUGACGGCCAAGCAACUGGAGGCAGAGACAGGAUGCAAGAUUAUGGUGCGAGGGAAAGGCUCCAUGAGAGACAAGAAGAAGGAGGAGAUGAACCGAGGGAAGCCCAACUGGGAGCACCUGAGCGAGGACCUCCACGUCCUGAUCACAGUUGAGGACACACACAACCGGGCCAAGAUCAAGCUGCAGAGGGCCAUCAGUGAGGUCAAGAAACUUCUCGUGCCCGCUGCUGAGGGGGAGGACAACCUGAAGAAAAUGCAGUUGAUGGAGCUCGCCAUCCUCAAUGGGACCUACAGAGACGCCAAUGUCAAGACACCCACCGCCGCCUUCCCACUAGGGACCCCUCAGGCGCCUCGCAUCAUCACAGGGCCGACACCCGUGCUGCAUCCGAGCCAGCGCAACCCCGCCCCCGUCUCCACGCCGACCCUCAUGCCACUGAUUCGUCAGAUCCAGAGCUCCGCCCUCGUGCAAGGAGGUAACCCACACCCGGCGCUGGUGCAGCAAGGGCCCGAAUCUGGAAUCAUCUACACACCCUACGAGUAUCCCUACACACUUACACCCUCCAUAUUGGAAUACCCAAUUGACUCAACUGGAGUCUUAGGUAUGGCUUUCCCAACCAAAGGCUAAGCGAUAGCAACCCUCCUUCCUAGCACACACAUGGACUGGCUUGCAGAAAGAACCCCCCCCUCUCCCCCUACCCCCAAAACAUACUUGUCCCACAGAGCAAACACUCAAAGUUUGCCAUUCUUUAGGAUGAUAGGCUCUUUGACAGUCAUUCAAGUAGUCAAGUGUCCAUUCCUGUUCAUUUCCUCUUUGUAUUAGCAGACUAGCGUUGUGGUGUGACAGCUAUUUAACUUGUUUUAAUAGUUCAGCUUCCGCUUAUAUUUUUAACACAUUUUUAGUAAACCUAUAGAUGUUAUAGUGCUGCUGUUUGUGAUUUAAUAUAUGUUAAAGCUUAUCUUGAUCACAGAGCUAUAGCGUGAUUUUUACUUACAGCCGAUGUUGAAUCUACUAGUCGAGCUUAGUCAGUGAUUAGUGGUUUUGAUUAAUACUUUCUGAAGAAAACAGAAGACCACAAAGCAGCAAAAAUGUUGUCUCUUGUAGCGAGAAGUGAGACAUUUUUGUUUUGUAUUCACCUUCAGCCUUGAACUCUUGGUAAAUCUGGUUUCACUGAUGUUGGUGCCAUGGGUGGACUGUUUGAUGUCUUUCUGAUGAGUAACCGUCUGUGUUCUGUUUUGGGGCGAUGUUAAUGGCUGUUAGCAGGUGCCAUGACUACUAAGGUACGACGCCACGACAAGAGAAUCCAUCCUUACCAAAGGGUAGUGACCACAGACAGAGGUUAGUUAGCUCACCAGCCACUUUAUGUGUAUGUGUGUGUGUUAGUGUGUGUGCAUGCAGACCAAUGGACCAAUUUCAGUUGACAUGUGUCUGUAACACGGCAUGCCUUAAAAAGAGGGAGACAUAACUGUAUCGGGGGAGGAGGUUUCACGCUGAAGCAGCGGCAGUGCAAAAUGUGAAACAGUAUUUGUUGCAGUGAAAGUGAAGUAAGUGAGCAGAUUGGGAGGAACCAUGUUAGAGGUCACAGCUGCAGCAGUUAUCGUUGCUUGCCUGUUAGAUAAAGUGGACGGCUUACAGGCCAGGACCCUCUCAAUUAGAAUGGAUCACUCCAUUCAUGUGACUCAGUCCUUGUGACUCUGGAUUUGGAGUCCUCUCUCGGAAACUUUUUUUUGUCUUAGUCGUUGUUUAUCUCUUUAUUACUACUUUAAUCCUACAAAUACUGUGGGAAUAUUUUAUUUAUACCCAACAUCAUUCCAGUAGGUUUCCACAACUGCUAUUUUUUAUUAUUAUCAUUAUUAUUAUUAUUAUUAUUCUUAAUGAAAUCCUGUGUAAUGCCCAAUGACUAUAUUACACUUAAAGUAACAGUGAUUUUCUUUUUCUGAAGGUCAUUCAAUUCAAUAUGAUCUUCAGGUUUUACUACUAAAACACAGCGUGUGAUAACUACUGAAGUCUGUGUUACAAGCUCUUUUGUAUGAAAUACUGUUGUUUGUGGUCUUAUCAGUCGCCCACUGGACUUUAUCAUUGGGGCUGUUUACAUCAUUCAUACAUUUCCUAGCCAGAGUGGUGCUGUUACCAUGUAUUUAGCUGCAAAAUAAAUUUGUAUAUAGGGAUUUUAAGGAUUUAAGUGCUUUUAUGAAGCUUAUGGAACAAGAUCGCUUGGAAAUACUUGUAGUAUUAUUUUGUUUUUUUCUAGUUUUUUUUAGUUUGUAAAUUUUUUUUAUUUUUGUUUUUAUGGUAUGCUUUUUAUAGAUGAAGUGUCUCCAUGUAAACUUUAUUCAAAGUGUGUAGCUACUACUGUUUUAGUCACCACGAAGGUGGCAAUGAAGGCAGUGUUAUUCUCUGUGUAUUUAAGAUGAGGCAACCUUCUCGAUUCGCAGGCCUCGUGACUGUUAUAUGCAAUAGAAAUGGAAUAGCUAGCUACGAUGUGUGUGUGCGUUCGCGUGUGUAUGUGCGCGCGCGCGUGUGUGUGUGUAUGCUCGUGCGUGCAUGUGAGUGUCGGUGCUCUUGUUGUACACAAUGGACAAAAAAACACUAAAAGGCAAUAAAGAUGACUAUUGAAAAAAAAAAAAAACAUCUCAAAAGGAAACCAAAGCCUCUAAAUUCUUGUAGCUAGUCUGUCUAUUGUUAAAUUGUUUCUUAAGUUCUUCUAAAAUCACCAUCUCUUAACCUCUCAUCGCUGUCUCUUACGGCGCCUCUUUGCUUACUGUUGUCAUCAGGUGCUCUUCUAAUACUCCACAGCAGAUCAAUCAAACCAUAAUCAAUAAUCAGUUAAUCACUACUGUUAAUCACCAAGAUUUUAUGCCUGCUGCUAAACAAUACCUCUACUUGUCAGUAAGAGAGAGUAUUACUGAGGCCCAGACACAUUUCUUUGAACAUAAAGGUCAGUCUCUCACCCACAGAGAAACCAUGCUGUCCCCCUCUCUGUCCAUGGUUUCGCUGUCUUGUCUGUGUUAGACGUAGCCCGGCUAGCAUGAGUAGUAUUACUAUAGCAGCAGUCACACAAGAGGAGGAGUAUCUCCUUAAACGUAACCCUGCAAGCGCCUUCAUGAGCACAUAUGAGCGCCGCCGGUCAUUCUUUAUGUCAACACCUGGUGGUUGAUGUAAGUCCAUGUGAAUGGUCGUGGAGGGCUCAUGAAGGCGCUGUGCGGCUCCUAAUGUAAUACCCCUCAUGCUGUGUGACUGCAGUAGAUCUGCCUUGUUGUCAUCCUGACGCCACUAGCUGACACUAAUCUCUCUUCUAUCUUUUUUCUUUUUGUGUCCCCUUUUAUGUGCCCUUUUUGUUUCCUUUCCAUGUCUGUCCGUCUCUGUCCGUCUAA